GGGGUGGUGUAGGGUGUAGACAGGCAGUAGAGAGCGUCUAUUUUCCAGAAAUCCUUGCGACUUCUGUGUCUCCUGUACAAACAAACAUCGCCAUCAUCAUCCUGAAGAUUUAUACUUUGAUUUAUUUAACAUCACCUUUUUAAGAAAAGUAAUUGUGAGUGAAAAAAUGGGUCAUCCACCAGUUGGGAUCGCGAUAAUAGGUGCCGGAAUAUUCGUGAAAUCUCAGUAUCUUCCCAGGCUGGCCGAGAUCUCCAACCUCGUCCUUCUCAAAGCUAUUUGGAGCCGUUCUCAGAAAUCCUCAAAUGAGGCUGUUGACAUUGCUCAGAAAGUAUUUCCAAAUGUGGAGUGUAAGUAUGGAGAUGAUGGGCUUGAUCAAAUUAUUCGAGAUCCCGAUAUUGUCGGUGUCAUUGUUGCUCUUGCUGGCCAAAUUCAGGUUGAUAUGUCAUUAAAGCUUCUGAAGGCAGGAAAGCAUGUUCUUCAAGAGAAACCAGCUGCUUCUUCCAUCAGUGAAGUGGAAACUGCAUUAUCAAGCUAUAUUUCUCUCUACAACAAUCCAUCUGAUCAACCCAUAUGGGCUGUUGCAGAAAAUUACCGAUUUGAGCCUGCCUUUGUAGAGAGCAGUAAGUUGGUGUCUGAAAUUGGAAAGAUGAUGAGCGUUCAAGUAAUCAUCGAAGGAUCAAUGAACAGUUCAAAUCCUUACUUCUCAAGUUCAUGGAGGCGCAACUUUACUGGAGGAUUCAUUCUAGACAUGGGUGUACAUUACAUCGCAGGUUUAAGAAUGCUUGUUGGAUGCGAGGUAGCUUCAGUUUCAGCUACGACAUCUCAUAUGGAUACAACUCUGCCCCCACCAGAUACCAUAUCUUCUUUAUUUCAACUGGAGAACGGGUGUUCUGGAGUAUUUGUGAUGUUGGUAUCCUCGAAAUCACCAAAGAUUGUGUGGCGAGUUGCUGGUUUGAAUGGGACAGUGCAAGUUGAACGAGGAAACAAAGAUGGACGACAUGGUUAUGUGGUCACUCUUUUUACUGCCAAUGGAGAAAUAAAAAGUACCUUCUAUUCAUUCGCAGGGGUGACCGAAGAACUGAAAGCAUUUUUAAGUGACAUAUCAAGGGCCACCCUUGAGCACAAGGGUUGUAAGAUUGAAGCUGAAGCUCGAUGCUCGUAUGUUGAAGGUGCUCGAGAUGUUGCAGUUCUGGAUGCAAUGCUUGAAUCUGGAAUGAAUCAAGGAGCCUCAAUCAAGGUGAAAAAGUUUUAAGCAUACGGUAUGGGGAUCCUGUGAUCCAACUUUUGUAGUAUCCAUUCAAUGAAUUCAAUGCACCAGCAUCCGGAAAUAGGAUAGUAUUUGAUUGUGAUUUUUGUGUCCCAAAGUGUACCUGUUGACCCGUAUGUCACUUAUAUUGCAAGUAUUUGAUUGUGAUUUUUGUGUCCCAAAGUGUACCUGUUUACCCGUAUGUCACUUAUAUUGCAACUAUUUGAUACUUAAAA